UGUCUCUUUCCGUUCCUUUGUCUAAUCUCCAUCUCGGUCUCUUGGGUGAUUUCCCUGAGGCCGUUUCUCCCUGUUGACCCGUCUAGAUCUCUAGAUGUCAGUGAAGUCCCCGACUGCCCUAGACUUGACCUUAAAUGACCCCUGGCCUUGUCUCUGACCCUGGCCCUAGAUUUUCAGUGCCCUGUCCUUCUCAGCUCCUCCCGGACCUGAUGUGGUCCUGUUCCACCAGCUGUAAUAAGUUGGUUUCUGGGUUCUGGCCCUCAGGUUUAGAGUUUCACAUCACGCUCAGAGUAACCCUGUGAUGUGUGAUCACUCGUCCCUUCUUUCAAACAGCAAAAGUAAGUGAAGGAAGGGGCUUCCGCAGCGAGCCAGUGAUCGCAUUGUAGCUAGAGUAAUUUGUCUUUUCCUAAGUCACACAUGGGUUUUCAGAUCUCUGUGGACCCCAGAAGAUCCAUGAAAAAAUAUUAACGGAUUGCAUGCUGACAUGAAUGAACCCUUAAACCUAGGGCAUCACGUACGUCAUCUUCCCUAAUAACAGUAUUGAUUAACUGACGGAUUCUGUGCUGGACGCAGGACAGGGCCAGGCAGUUUCCCUCUUUCCGGCUGCUCUCUGAACCCGCUCUUUCUGCGUGUUCUGGCUUAUGCUUCUGAGAAGUCUCUGCUUCUCUGGGGUCUGCUGUCUGCCCCGGUGUGCACGUAUUACCCCCUUUCUGAUUUUAGGGGUUGGUAAACCAACCGCCUCCACCCGCUCUCUAGGAUUUGCGCUAUGGUGGGGCUGUACUCUCGGGCUCCGAGAGGGUGCCUGCGUCCGGGGGUCUCAGUUUCUCUGUUUUCAUCAGGUCUGGGACCUGCCACCAUGGGGGACAUGAAGACCCCUGAUUUUGACGACCUCCUUGCUGCCUUCGACAUUCCCGACAUAGACACGAAUGAAGCCAUCCACUCUGGGCCCGAAGAGAACGAGGGGCCGGGAGGCCCGGGGAAGCCAGAACCCAGUGUGGGGACUGAGUCUGCAGCCACCGCCGCCGGGGAUGGCCCUGGAGCUCCGGCCCCGGCCCCUGACAUCUCGGCGGUCAGCGUCAUCGUCAAGAACACUGUAUGUCCCGAGCAGCCGGAGAGCCUGGCUGGGGGUUCAGCAGGGGAGGGGGCCCGGGCUGGGGGAGUGACUAAGGAAGGGCCUGUGGGGCCCCGUCUGAUGCAGAAUGGUUUUGGGAGCCCUGAGCCAUCCCUCCCAGGAACCCCCCGCUCUCCAGCGCCUCCCAGCGGUGGUUCCUGGAAAGAAAAGGCCGUGGAAGGCAAAGCUCCCUUGGACCUCUUUGCUCAUUUUGGGCCUGAGCCAGCGGAGGACACUGACCCGCUGCCUCCGUCUGCACCCUCCCCACCUCGUGAAGGGGCCAUGUCCCCCCCUCCCUUCCCCUCGCCCUUUGAGCUGGCUCAGGAGAAUGGCCCAGCUCUGCCGCCGCCUGGCUCUUCCCCACCGCUGGGGGCCUUGCAGCAGGGUGGCUGCAGCCCCCUUUGUCCUCAGGGCCUUGCCCGGCGAGACUCAGCCUCCAGCCCUGAGGCCACAGACGUGCCUGCUGGUGCCUCGCCUCUCCGUGUGGCUGGGGUGCCCUUCUUCAAGCAGUCUCCUGGGCACGAGAGCCCUCCUGCCUCCCCUAAAGUGCCCGGCUGUCAGCCUCUGAAGGAAGAGGAGGAAGACGAAGAGGGCCCAGUGGACAAGUCUCCCCCAGGAAGCCCCCAGAGUCCCUCUAGUGGAGCCGAGGCCGCGGACGAAGACAGCAAUGACUCCCCCGCCUCCUCCAGCUCCUCUAGGCCCCUCAAGGUGCGGAUCAAGACCAUUAAAACGUCUUGUGGGAACAUCACGAGGACCGUAACACGGGUGCCCUCAGACCCUGAUCCUCCUGCCCCCCCGGCCGAGGGGACCUUGUUGGCUGACGCUAACCUCCUAAAGCUGUCCCCUGCUCCCCCGACUCCUGAGGGCCCAAAGGUGGUGAGUGUCCAGUUGGGUGAUGGCACGAGGCUAAAGGGCACGGUGCUGCCUGUGGCCACCAUCCAGAACGCCAGCACUGCCAUGCUGAUGGCUGCCAGCGUGGCCCGCAAGGCCGUGGUUCUGCCUGGGGGGACGGCCACCAGCCCCAAGACCAUGGCUAAGAACGUGCUAGGCCUGGUGCCCCAAGCCCUGCCCAAGGCAGAGGGACGAGCUGGCCUGGGGACAGGGGGACAGCGGGUCAACGGGGCCUCGGUGGUGAUGGUGCAGCCUUCCAAGCCGGCCACAGGGCCGGGGGCGGCGGGGGGCACGGUGAUCUCACGGACCCAGUCCAGCCUGGUGGAGGCCUUCAACAAGAUCCUCAACAGCAAGAACCUGCUGCCCGCCUACCGGCCCAACCUGAGUCCCCCCGCCGAGGCCGGCCUGGCCCUGCCGCCCUCGGGCUACCGCUGCCUGGAGUGUGGGGAUGCCUUCUCCUUGGAGAAGAGCCUGGCCCGGCACUACGACCGCCGGAGCAUGCGCAUCGAGGUCACCUGCAACCACUGUGCCCGCCGCCUGGUCUUCUUCAACAAGUGCAGCCUGCUGCUGCAUGCGCGGGAGCACAAGGACAAGGGGCUGGUCAUGCAGUGCUCACAUCUGGUCAUGCGGCCUGUGGCCCUAGACCAGAUGGUGGGGCAGCCGGACAUCACGCCCCUGCUGCCUGUGGCUGUCCCGCCCGUCCCGCCGGCCCUGCCCGCCUUGGCCAAGGCCGAGGGGGCCGUCACCUCCACCGCCGUUACUGCGGUUGCUGCCGAAGCUCCGGUGCUGCCGCUCUCGGCCGAGCCCCCGGCUGCCCCCGCCGCCUCUGCCUCCACCUGCUUCCGCUGCCUGGAGUGCAAGGAGCAGUGUCGGGACAAGGCUGGCAUGGCUGCCCACUUCCAGCAGCUCGGACCCCCUGCCCCCGGGGCCACCAGCAACGUGUGCCCCACCUGCCCCAUGAUGCUCCCCAGCCGCUGCAGCUUCAGUGCCCACCAGCGCAUGCAUAAGAGCCGGCCCCCCCACGUCUGUCCUGAGUGCGGGGGCAACUUCCUGCAAGCCAAUUUUCAGACCCACCUCCGAGAGGCCUGUCUGCAUUUCUCGCGCCGAGUGGGAUACAGGUGCCCCAGCUGUUCAGUGGUGUUUGGGGGUGUGAACUCCAUCAAGUCCCACAUCCAGACGUCACACUGCGAGGUGUUCCACAAGUGCCCCAUCUGCCCCAUGGCCUUCAAGUCUGCGCCCAGCGCCCACGCCCACCUCUACACGCAGCACCCUAGCUUCCACUCGCAGCAGGCCAAGCUGAUCUACAAGUGUGCCAUGUGUGACACUGUCUUCACUCACAAGCCCCUCCUCUCCUCGCACUUCGACCAGCACCUGCUGCCACAGCGCGUCAGUGUCUUCAAGUGUCCGUCCUGCCCUCUGCUCUUCGCCCAGAAAAGGACCAUGCUGGAACACCUCAAGAACACCCAUCAGUCUGGACGCCUGGGGGAGGAGAACUCUGGGAAAGGGGCUGGGGGUGCCCUGCUGACCCCGAAGACUGAGCCCGAGGAGCUGGCUGUGUCUCGGGGAGGGGCAGCCCCCGCCACCGAGGAGUCAUCUUCAUCCUCAGAAGAGGAACUGCCCAGCUCCCCGGAGCCCCCGCGCCCCACCAAGCGGCCCCGGCGGGAACUUGGGAGCAAAGGCAUCAAGGGCGGGGGCGGGGGGCCUGGAGGCUGGACCUGUGGCCUCUGUCACUCCUGGUUCCCCGAGCGCGACGAGUAUGUGGCGCACAUGAAGAAGGAGCACGGCAAGUCAGUGAAGAAGUUUCCCUGUCGCCUGUGUGAGCGCUCCUUCUGCUCCGCCCCCAGCCUGAGGCGCCACGUCAGGGUCAAUCACGAGGGUAUCAAGCGCGUUUACCCCUGCAGGUACUGCACGGAGGGGAAACGCACCUUCAGCAGCCGCCUCAUCCUGGAGAAGCACGUCCAGGUCCGGCACGGCUUGCAGCUUGGGGCCCAGUCCCCUGGGCGGGGGAGCGCCCUGGCCCGGGGCCCUGGUGCCAGAGCCCAGGGGCCAGGACGGAAACGCCGGCCGUCUUCUGAUUCCUGCAGCGAGGAGCCCGACAGCACGACCCCGCCGGCCAAGUCCCCCCGAGGCGGACCCAGGUCCGGAGGCCACGGCCCCCUGCGCUAUCGGGGCGGCGGCUCAGCGGCGCAGAGCCUCGUGGUGGGGCUGCGGGCGGACGGCGGCACCCAGCAGUGCCGUGACUGCGGCCUGUGCUUUGCCUCGUCGGGCUCCCUGAGCCGGCAUCGUUUUAUCAGCCACAAGAAGAGGCGGGGUGCGGGCAGUGCCAGUGCCCUGGGGCUGGGGGACCGGGAGGAAGAGGCCCCCCAUCCACGGUCUGACCCAGAAGGUGGAGAGUCACCUUUGCCCGCUUCUGGGGGUCCGCUGACCUGUAAGGUCUGUGGCAAGAGCUGUGACAGCCCGCUCAACCUCAAGACCCAUUUCCGCACACACGGCAUGGCCUUCAUCAGGGCUCGGCAGGGGGGCAGCGGGGACAACUAGGCCCUCCUUCCCGCCAGUAAGCCGGGUGUUACUGCUGCUGCCUGCUCCCUGGGCUGGGGAGCUCUGUGAAGAUUCACCUUCUGUUCCACUCCUCCCUUCCCCACAGGGCAGAAAAAAGGCUUUUGAGGAUUAGGAUUAUUUGCAGCCCCGCCCCCUGUGGGUUUGGCCCCUGGGUCCUAGUAGAGUGGGCCCUCCAUUCCUUCUUUGCGAGCCCAACACUAAUUCUCCUCUGCUGCAGACCCUGGCGUGGGACUGGGGUGGGAGGAAGGGACUUUCUUACCCUGCGACGGGACAGGGAGGGACCAGCGUGGUUUGGGGAGGAUCCCGGACACACUCCAUAACUCCUCCAGACACAGGCAGGGACUGCCCUCCUCUGGCCUGGCCCCACCCCAGACUCGCUGGGCGCUCGAGCUCCCACCCCUGUAGUGCCUUUCACUUGUAUUC